AGCUAUAUAUCAACUCUGAAGUAGAAGCAAAGAAACCAACAAUUAAUUAAAACACCAACCUGGCUUCAAACAAAUACUAGUACUGAUCAUAACAAUUCCCAUAUCCUUCCUUCAACAAACAAAACAAAUACAAUGGAACAUGAACCUAUGUCGGUGACCCCUACCGCUGAUUAUAGCUCCACCGUGGACACCUCUCGUCCUUUCAGCUCCGUCAAAGAAGCCGUAGCCAUCUUCGGAGAACGGCUUCUUGUUGGAGAAAUAUACUCUCCAUCUCCAAAACCAUUCUCAUUCUCAGACACUUCCAGUACCGCACCUUAUUAUUCUCCUUCGGUAACUAUUAAGAGAGAACCAUCGUGGAGAUCAAUGCCGUCAUCACCAUCACCAAUUAGUCCCAUCAAACCACCAUUUAAAGAAGAAGAAGAAAACAACAUUUUUGAUACAAUAAAGAAGCUGGAGGCAGAGCUUGAGAAAACGAAAACCGAGCUGAAGAUGUUGAAGGAAAGAGGGAGUGAAACUGAGGUAGCAUUGGCAACAAUGAACGCUGAGCUUCACAAGAACAUGUCCAAGUUGGCUCAAGCAGAGGCUGCAGCAGCUGGAAAAGCAGCUGCAAAGACUGUGAGGUUUGAGAAUAUUAGUGAUGGAAGUGAAAAAAUGAUGAGAAAUUCACAAACACUAGCUCAUAUAAUUAGUCUUGGAGAAAACGAUCAUAUUUUUGGAGGAGGGAAAAAGAGACAUAAUAAUAAGAGCACAAAGCAGAAGCCAAUCAUCCCUCUUUUGAGUGAUUUCUUUUUCAAGAGAAAGAAUUCUACUAAUCAUCAUAAUAAUCCUCUUUAUGCUUCUCCUUUUUAAUUAAUGUAUCUAUGUUUCAUUGUUUUUUUUAAUUCAUUCGUGUGUGACUGGGAUUAUGGGCCAAUACAGGUCCAAGCUAAAAUUUGUAUUAUUAAUUUCUGGGAUGUGUGCCAUUUUUUUUUUCUUUCUUUUCUGUUUUGGUUAAGUUUUAUGUAAAAGUUUAUGUUUGUAUCUAUUGUAUUAUAUAUAUAUAUAUGUAAAAUUAAGAACAAAGCUCUUCCGGUCUGCCACCCAUUGAAACUUUGGCAAAUA